GACUCCCCUCACCUCGUUCCAUUCCCCCUCCUCCUGGGUCGAUUCCCUUCUCGUUCUCCUCACAGCGCCUCCUCCUCUCCAAUCCCUAACCCUAACCCUAAGGCGGCGCCGUCGCCCGCGGCCUCUCCCCUUCACCGACGGCGCCAUCUCGUCCGAGUCCGAGCUGGAGGAGCACGUGUACGUCGGGGACGCAGCAAGGCCAGCACACCAUCGGUCCCGCCUUCCCUGGUUCCUCGCCGAGCGCCACGAAGAGGAAGAGGUACAAGAUGGGUUACAUAGAGUGGGCCUUUGGAGAACUAUAUGGAGAAGGAAGUACAAGGUUUAGGACUGAGAUCAAAAUCGUGGAGGAAGAGUUGGCGGCCUUGUAUGACAAAUGUGUUGCUCAAGAUAAGCGAGCUGGAAAUGGAGAAAGUUCAUCUUCCUCUGCAAACAUUCCUAGUAUCCCGGUUCAAGCUGGGUACGAGUCCUUCUUAUCGUCCCGUUCAACAAGAAUAUCAAAGAGUGACUUGAGGAACUACUUAGAGGAUGAGGUUGCCCCUCGCAACAAGGCUCUUGAUCUUCUUGGUUGGUGGAAAGACAAUGCUCCUAGGUACCCAAUUAUGGCCAAGAUAGCCAGGAGGUUCCUUACUAUCCCGGCUACCUCCGUGUCUUCGGAAUCUACCUUCAGCACGACCGGAAGGAUUUUAGAUGACUAUAGGAGUUCGUUAAAACCAGUUAUGGUGGAGGCAUUAGUUUGUGGUGCAAGUUAUAUCAAGGGUGCUCACGUUGACUUGAAUCUGGUGCCGAGGGAUGAGAAUGAAGAGGAUGAUGUUGAGACCAUCAAGUUACCCAUUGUGGUGGAGGAGAUCAACGAUUGACGUUCAUCAUGUGGAUGUUGAUCUUGCUAUUUUGGAGAUGAAUGUCAAAUGAUCUUUCUCAUGUGAAGGCUACUUUUGCAUUUCUGUUAUGUUGGAACCUUUCAAGUCAUGAACUAUGAAUUGUCACUGCUAGCUUGGAGAUGAACCUCUCGUUUGUGUUAUGUUCAACUUGUCAAUUGACAUGGACUUGGAAUUGUCAUUGCAAGUUUGUAAUCUUGUCGUUCAAUGAUGAUAAGACCGUAUGUUUGUGGAUGUGAUAUUUGUGCUUAACCUGAUUUGUGCCAUCUUUCCUGUCAAAAUCAGUUUGUGGAUGUCCAAAAAACAAAGGAAAUGUUGUCCAAAUUUAGUUAUUCUUGCUGUCCAAAUUUAGUCCAGUGCUUGCUGUCCAAAUUAGUUGUUUGUGGCUGUGAUAUUUCUGCUGUUUCGGUCCAAACUUAUCUGAAGAAACUUAUCUGAAAACUGAAGUGAUCAAUGUUUGUGCAUGUGAUUUUUGUGAUAUUGUUCCUCCUCUCAAAAUCAAUUGUUUUGAUUCCAAAAUUCAAAUAAAAUGCGGUCCAAAUUUAGUUAUGCCACACUAGUCAUUGAACAGAAACAGAGCACUCACAGGAGCAGCUUAGUAUGACUGUAUGACAUAACUAAUUUGGACGGCCUAAACUGUGGCAGAAAAGAUCAACAUGGCACUUUCAGGAUAAGCCACGGUCUAAAUAGUGGCCAAAAAAGCUGAAUAGAGCAGCGACAGGGCAGCUAUAGUCUAAACAAUGACACUACGGGGCAGCUACAGUCUACAAACGACACAGCAGCCUAAACAGUGGCCAGCAGAGCACUCCCAGCCAUCGGUCCCAUUCGGUCCAUUCGGGCUGACCGAGCUUUUGCUGCUUCGGUCCGGUCCUAGAAAACAGGCUCGCUCGCGGCCGGUCCAAAGGCUGGCUCGGUCAAAGCCCGGACCGGACCACGUCCACCCUGAGCCCGAGCUAUGGCGCCGCAUCAACAUGCUUGGCCAUCCCGACCUCUCCCGCAAGUUCAACCUCCACGGGAUGGCGCAUGCCGCCGUCCGCCGCAGCGCGGGAAGGUGUGAGGCAUUCUGGUGCGAGCACGCCGGCGGCCACGACUUCCUCCUCCGCCUCGCCGACCAGGCACCAUCUCUCAAGAGUCUUCGCCUCAUUUCAUGCUAUAAAUUUAGUGAUGAAGCACUUACGGAGGCGAUGGUGAAAUUCCCUUUGCUUGAGGAGCUCGAGCUUGCAUUGUGUUCAAAUGUGGGUGAGAGUGGCGUGUUGGGGGUUGUUGGCAAAGCAUGCCCACAACUGAAGAGCUUCAGACUGAUUAAGGAUGUGUUGUAUGAUUCUGAAGCUAAUGACUACGACAAGGAUGAUGAAGCCAUGGGGAUUGCAACCAUGCAUGGGCUACGCUCUUUGCAGCUGUUUGGCAAUAGCCUAACCAAUAAAGGACUGACAGCUAUCCUUGAUAAUUGCCGCCACCUGGAGUCCCUUGACAUUCGCCACUGCUUUAACGUCUACAUGGACAACACCCUGCGCACAAAGUGUGCCAGGAUAAGCACACUUUGGCUUAUCCUGCCAAAAUUGGGUGAUGUCGGCAUGACAGAGCAAUUUAUUCGCCCACAAACAUCUGACAGGGGAUUUCCCAGAAUAAUAUCUUCCCCAUCCAUGGAUUCUCGGGGUGAUCUUUCUGCCAUUGAGAAUCAGGUGCACAAGCUAAUCGAUGAUUUGAGAAGCGAUUCCAUAGAAGGUCAAAGAUCAGCGACAUUAGAGAUUCGCCUUCUAGCUAAGCACAACAUGGAGAACAGGAUUGUCAUUGCAGAUUGUGGGGCUAUAAACUUGCUGGUUGGUCUUCUUCAUUCACCAGAUGCCAAGAUCCAAGAAAAUGCAGUGACAUCCCUCCUCAAUCUGUCCAUCAGUGAUAACAAUAAGAUUGCCACAGUGAAUGCAAAUGUUGUUGAUCCUCUCAUCCAUGUCCUGGAAACAGGGAACCCUGAGGCUAAAGAGAAUUCAGCAGCUACUUUGUUCAGUCUCUGUAUUCUUGAAGAAAACAAAGUGAGGGUUGGACGAUCUGGUGCCAUCAAGCUUCUCGUGGACUUGCUGCGAAAUGGGACCCCGCGAGGAAAAAAAGAUGCAGCCAAUGCACUGUUUAAUUUAUCCAUACGUGAGAACAAGGGUCACAUUGUGCAAGCUGAUGCGGUGAAGCAGCUAGUUAAGCUUAUGGAUCCUGCUGCUGGAAUGGUCGACAAAGCUGUAGCUGUCUUAGCAAAUCUUGCUACGAUAGCAGAAGGGAGGACUGCUAUUGGGCAGGCGCGUGGUAUUCCAGCCCUUGUUGAUGUUGUCGAACUGGGUUCGGCGAGGGGGAAGGAAAAUGCUGUUGCGGCAUUGCUUCAGCUAUGCAAAAACAGCAACAGAUCUUGCAGCAUAGUUCUUCAAGAGGGUGUUUUGCCCCCUUUAGUCACACUGUCACGGUCAGGAACACCGCGAGCAAGAGAGAAGGUUUUCCACUUCCGAUAACAAAAAUUACAGCUAGAGGAAAUGUAGUUGCAGAAUCAUUUCGCUAAGAAUUUGAAUUUGCUGCAGGCAUAGGCUCUUCUCAGCUACUUCCACAGCCAGAGGCGUGGGAGCUCAGGAAGGGGAUGA